AUGGCAUCGGCUACAGGUAUUCCAGAGCACAAUCCAGCACGAGAUGAGGAAGAGCCUCUGCUAGGUCGACCUGGAGAUGUGACCCAGAAGCCGGAGCAAGGCUUUCACUGGAACAUCUUGACUGGCACAGCAACAAUCGCUCAAGCCGGAGCAUGGAUUCUGGCAGCGCUGGUGUGGGCAGCCGUUUUUGAGGCAAAGUUCAUGUUCUUCUCAUACCAUCCGCUUCUCAACUCAGCAGCCAUUCUGGUCCUUGUGAACUCAAUCCUCCUCCUCCAACCAACUGCGACGCAGAAGCAGAAAGUACAAGGUACUUAUAUUCAUUCUGGGCUCAAUGUCGUUGCAUUGGGGCUCUUCAUCGCCGGUCUGGUCAUCAUCGAGAUGAACAAAGCUUCGCAUCCUGAGACUCGGUUCCAGAGCGUUCAUGGAAAGGUCGGCCUUGUGGUCUAUAUCUUGCUCAUCAUUCAGUUCUUGAUUGGCGUGGCACAAUUCUACACACCUAACGUGUUUGGCUCGGUCGACAAAGCCAAGUCGAUAUACAAGUAUCACCGCAUGUCCGGCUAUGUGAUCAUCACUCUUGCAGUCAUCACAGUCUGCCUGGCCACACAGACUGGCUUCAACCAGAACGUGCUGCACAUCAGAUUGUGGGCGGCCAUCGUAGCCAGUGUUCUGGUCGUGGUUGGCCUUGUACCAAGAAUCAAGAAGAGGAAACUAGGGCUCUAG